CUUGGAAAUACGUAUCUAUUGGGGGAGAUAUUCUCACCAGUGACAUGUCAUAGUUCUCAGAAUAUUAUUAAGUCACUGAAAAUGUCAAGGGAAACAGAAUGUUUGUAUCUCAGAGAACCACAGUGCCUGGUUCACUGAUUCCCUCUCUGUCUUCUUUUCAGUAUAAUCUUCCAUUUUCCCCAUGCCCUUUCCUCCCCUCUCUGUUUCCCUUUCCUUCUCCCUCCUCCCUUUCCUUUUGCUCUACACAGUGUGUCAAUCUUGCCUCCAGAGGAUCAAUUCUGCACAGUAGAGCACCGCAAUGAGAGGGCAACAACAGCUGCAGUGAUCUUGAAUUAUUAUCAUGUAUGAAGCAAAAGAAAGACAGAAGUUUAUCAGUGAUGCUCAGUACCUGAGAGAGAUGCAGCAUAAGAUGGAUUCAGAGUAUCAGGCUUGCCUGAGAAAACAAGAGCUGGCCAAAGAGCAGCCUGAAAAGAAGCGAGACCAGCACCACAGACAAGAAAUGAGGCAGACAACUAUAUCUUCCAUCUCUGCUGUGCGUAGUUAUGAAAGGCCAUGGGUUUCGAGACUUCCUGCUAAUAGACAGAUUUCUUCUGAUGAAGCUUCUGGGCGUGAAUCAAAAUCCUCUAUGGCUAUGAAGUCUCUUGGUAACAAAUCAGAAGCUAAAUUUCCUGCCAUUGACAAAACAUCUGUUAAGCAGAAGCAAAAAGCAAGCACAGGUUCCAGAAAACCAGACAAAAAUGGAUCUUGCCCCAAAAAAGAUAUUCUGGCUUUUCAGAAGCCAAUUUUAUCAAGAAGACGAAUGAAUCAGAGAAGUUUGAUAGAUAACUACGACUCUGAAAAUAUGAAAAAGCUGGAAGGAAGAGGGAGGAAGACACCAGUUUUGCAGGGAAUAACAAAAAAUGCCCGAGGGUCUGAUCCACAAGAUGGCACAGGACAAAAAACUGGUCAUACUCUCAAGUCUAAGAAGAAAUCUCAAGAAAAAAGGAGCUUAAUCCAGUCAUCUAAACUAAGCAUUGACAGCAAAAGCCUAGAGAGAGAUCUCAAAAAGGGAAAUGUUCUGACAGCAAUUCAGCAGCCUGCAACUAAUCCAGUGGAUUCAACUGUUCAGGUUACUAAUGGCCCUUCUGUAUCAAGUGAGUCAAGCAACACAAACCUUCCACCCAUUAAAAAUACCCCUACAAGGCCCAAAGAAGAUGAUUUUUAUACAAUGUUGUGCUCAAAUGUGGAAAAUUCCACUGGAGAGAAUGAUGAGCUCGAAGAUGUUAUCCCCUUAGAAGAAGAGCUUCUUUCUUCUGAUUUCGGUAAACGUCCUCUUCAUCGAAGUAACAGGAUUGUUGGGAUGUCUCUGACACAGACAGAACAACGCAGCAGUGAAAUGGGAGUUGGUAGUGAUGGGAGACUGUCUGAAUUUUCCCACAGAUUGCUGUGGCAGCAUAAUGUAAUGGAAGAGCCAGCUGCUGAGCAGUCUGCUCCAGGGCAAAGGAAAAUAAGGGACCAAACAAAGUCUCAUACACUUGAAGAAAAAAAUUUGGAAGACGCUCAUAAAAAUGAAGGUGAAACUUUGGCACACAGACCACAUGCUGAAAGCAGGCCAGGAAAUGCAACUACAGAUGAGAGUGUUGCUAAUUCAAAUUCUGGUGAAGACUGGGCAGGGAAUAAUGUCUAUGUUAGGGAAAGACAGAAUUUUGAGAGCAAUCAGAGAUGCUAUGCUGGAUUUGUUAGUGCAGCUAGACCAACAGUUCAGAGGGCUUGUGUGCGUUCGACAUUUAAUAUCCCAGGAUCUUUAGUGCAGCCUGCUGCUUUAAACAGAACUGAGGCUACGGGUGGUGUGGAUGUUGCUACAGCUUCUGUGCAAGUCACAGAACUGAGUGGAAGCCCAAGGUUUACUGUGCGCAGACAGCUAUCUCCUAUAAGAUUUAGGGAUUCCUUUUCAGCCAGUGAAAGCUGUCAGUCCUCAUCACCCGCUGUCAGCACCUUAGAAGAGAGUAGCCUGCUUGAGGAUAGUACAAGCAGUGUAUCUCCAAGCACCACUUCUCAUGAUGAAGAUAGCUUUCUGAACUCCCACAGUUCCUCAUCAUCCACGGAUUCUCCCCACCCACCUCUUUUCCGGGCAAACUUCACAGCACAUCUUCACAUGUCUGGUUCUUUGUCUGAUCAAGUACCAAUUUUCCUGACAGUAUCUGAUUUGCGAAAUCAGAGCAGCUUUGUGAGCAGUACAAGUACCUGCAGUUCGCCAGAAGCGAAGGAGAUUAAUAAACCUGAGAUAGAUCCUGAGAAGAUAAAAAAGUUGCAAGAAAGUCUGCUGGCUGAAGACUCUGAAGAAGAAGGAGAUCAGUGUCGGAUAUGUCAGAUUGCUGAAGGGUCCAUAACCAAUCCCCUGCUAGAACCAUGUGGAUGUGGAGGAUCUCUUCGGUUUGUCCAUCAAGAAUGUCUAAAAACCUGGUUAAAGGCUAAGAUAAAAUCUGGUGCUGAGCUUGGUGCUGUGAAAACAUGUGAACUCUGUAAACAGAGCCUUACUGUAGAUCUGGAUGAUUUUAAUGUGAAUGACUAUUAUAGAAAUCAUCAACAGUCUCGGGCCCAGGAUGAGCUGAUGAAUUCAGGUCUUUACCUUGUGUUGCUGCUUCACUUGUAUGAGCAAAGGUUUGCAGAACUCAUGAGGUUAAACUACAACCAGGCCUCCAGAGACAGGAUUCGGCCAACUCUAGCAGCAGUGGCUAAGAACCGGCAUGGUGACUCUACAGAAGCAAACUCUUUCUCAGAAUCUAAAAGGGAACCCUUCUCCACAUCUUUUCAUUUUCACCCUCUUUCUUAUCACCAGGCCACAAUGAAUAUGUACACCAUUCGUAUUCAGUGUCACCAUUUAAAUCUAAAGUCUUCUAAGGGUCUGGGGCUGUUGUGGCUGUUUGUGUAGUUUGAUUCUUGUGUUGUUGCUUUUAAAUUAUUAACAAACGUUUUGAAACAACGCGGGUUAUAACAGCAACUGGCAGAGUGAAAAUGUUUUAAUCUCUCUCAAACUGGCCACCAGCCAUUAAGCAAUAGCUGUUCUUUUGGCAGCUAUUUGGAAUGGUGAAUUAGGUAUCUACUUUUGCUACACCUGCUAUAAAAUCCAGUCUGUAUCAUUUUACAUAUUUGCACUUCUGUGGGUCAGAGGUUCCUUGGACUGCAAGAAUCUUUUUGUACAUUAAAAAUGAGUUGUAUGCCCAGCCUUGACAACGGACAUUCCAUAGCACACAAAUGUAAAUAUGCUGGUAUGUUAUAUGAUCAACUUGAUAAUAUUACAGUAUUACUUUCUCUUAAAUGGCUCAAGAUACUAAUAAAAAUUGUUAAUUUUUCAGAACCCCCAUCCCCCUUUAAGAGAAUAAAUAUACUAUAGGUGAGCAGGGUUAUUACUAUUGGGGUGCAUUACAAGGGUGAAUAUCAGAGAAGGCACUCUUCUCUAUCAGAUGUUUUGGUAUAAAUCAUCUGGUAUGAAGAAGAGUUUAAGCAAAGUUACUGCCCUCCGGUACAUCUUUAUUAUGCAACCACUGUAGACUACUAGGAACCAUUUCAUGUUUGCAUUCUGUGCAUCACAUACUACACUGCUCAUUUCAGAUUAAUAUUAACAAUAAUAAUAGUCCUUAAAAGUAGCAAUGCAUGGGAGGGCUGCAGUUUCCAAGUUGUUUUUAUUACUGAGGCAGGGAUACAUUUGAAAUAUGUUGUGUGGUAACGGCUGUCCAAAAGUGUGAAAAUCUAGAGGCAGCCUUUGAAAAUGUGUAUAACACAUACAACAUCGUGGUAUAGUUGAUCUGUACAUGGGCUGAGGUACUUCUGACACUGGCCAUCUGCCAAACAGGUGUUCUUGUACCAAGCCAGCCUCUCAUCAGAAGGGAAUGACACAUCUAACAUGCUUGUUGCCGAUGUGUAUGUGCUUUUUCAUAAGACAUUGCCUUGGUGGAUUAAAUUUAAACAGUGAAAGUCUUUACUGAGCGAAAGGAGUAUCUUGAUUUGUAGCCCAGACAACAGCCUGUCUUAGCAGAUACAGAGUCAUAAUAUGUUCAUGAUGACAAGAGCACUGAAUUUUAACUUUUAUUUCAUGGUGAUGAGAUCUGUCUCCCGUGUUUUGUCCAAAACUGCUAUUGAGAGUUAAGGUUUUUUAAAGAAUUCUCAUCAUGGUAAUACAUAGAGUUCAAUAGUGGACACUAGCAUGCGUAUUCCUAUCUUGCUCUAAAGCUGGAAGUUCCAUGAUCAGAUGAGCAGGUUACACAGCCACCAAGUUAAUAAUGUUCUGUGUAAAAUCCAGUACCGCGGAAAUGAUUUCAGUCUAUAUACCCAUUUAUAUUUGUAAUUUAGCAUGACUUGAGUGGUGGGUCCAGCUAACUACAUAGCUCAAAGGAGACUUUGUUCCUCACUUCAAUCAAAUGGGUUAGUGGCAAGCUACAAGGCUGCUAAAAUCAGUUUGGCUAAAUCAAGAAACAUUAAUUGCAUUUUCAAGCUGCUGCUCUUUUGCAUGUAGUCUUACUCAAAGGACUACAAGAUCGAUUGCUUUGAAAUCCAUUAGUCCAGUCACAGCCAUUGUCAAUACACAGUGUUUCUAUUAUCCAAACCAAAAUCUUGCCAGCAUCUUUUACAGCAAAGAAAGCAAAACAAAACCAAAAAAAUAGACACCAUCAGACAUUGCUUUGCCUCCCUAUUGCCACUGAAAACAGUGGAAGAAUCUGGUUUUGCUAAAACUGAUGGGAAAUGAAGCUUUAUUUGAAGAUUCUAGAAGACUUAUUUUAUAAAAAAGCAAAAGUACACUAUUUUAAAAGUUGCCAGGUUUUUUCAGUACCUUUUCACAUUAUUCAAAAGGGUGAUAGAAUAUUUAAGCUAAAGCAUUUUUCAGUAAUUCCAAACAAAUAUUUUCAAAAUUUGGGGUGCGCAAUGCUACUCCUUCCCACUUCCAUGUAUGAAAUUCAUUGUGAAUUGUCUUAAUUCUGUGUCAGUUCACCUUGAAACCAAAAGAUAAGCUGAAAAAGUAAAUAAAAUUAUUAA